AUGGAGCUAACAUUUGCAUAGAAGUAUAGAUUUACUUUAGAUAAGAGGAUUGGGUUAGGAGCAUUUGGUCAAAUAUAUUUAGGUAUUAAAUAGUUUUAUAUAUUGUAGGAAAUAAUAUUAAAACUGGAGAAGAGAUGGCUAUAAAAUUAGUAACUGAAAUUCUAAUGAUUUUAGGAAAAUGUUAGCAAUAAACAUUCUUAAUUGUUACAUGAAGCAAAAAUUUAUAGAAUAUUAUUACUUGAUGGUCCAGUACCUGGAUUUCCAAAUUUACAUUGGUUUGGAUAAGAAGGUGAUUUUAAUGUAUUAGUUCUUGAUAUACUUGGACCAAGUUUAGAGGAUUUAUUCAAUUAUCAUGGAAGAAAAUUCUCGCUUAAAUCUGUUUUGAUGCUAGCAGAUCAAGUAAAUUAAAAUUUACUAUAGUCUUUUCUUAUAGUUAUUAACAAGAAUUUCAUAUUUACAUAGCAAAGACUUUAUACAUAGAGACAUCAAACCAGAAAAUUUUUUAAUUGGUUUAAACAAAAAAGCAGAUAAUAUCUAUAUGAUUGAUUUUGGUUUAACUAAAAGAUAUAGAUAUUAAAGGACAGGUAAAGAAUUCAACAUAUAUAGAAACACAUAUUUAAUACGGUGAAUAGAAUUAGUUAGUUGGAACAUGUAGAUUUUCAAGUAUAAAUGCACAUUUAGGCAUUGAAUAAAGCAGAAGAGAUGAUUUAGAAUCUAUAGGAUAUAUGCUUAUAUAUUUUUUAAGAGGAUCUCUGCCUUGGUCAGGGAUUAAGACAGAAACUAAAAUAGCUAAGUAUGAAAAAGUUGGAGAAUGUAAAAUUGCUACUCCAAUAGAUAAAUUAUGUGAAGGAUUUCCUGGUAUUAAAAGUAUUUAAAUAUAGAGGAAUUUGUUAAAUAUUUUAAUUACAUAAAAAGUUUAAAAUUUGAAGAAAUACCUGAUUAUGUUUGGAUUAAAAGAUUUUUUAAGGAUUUAUUUUAUAAAGAAGGAUAUAUUUGGGAUAAUGUGUUUGAUUGGGCUUAAGAAACUAAAUG